AUUACUCGUCUUCAACUCUGUCAACCGUUGCCCAAGCUGGAACCAAGUUCCAAUAUUAGGGUAGUUUUUCUAUUAUCUUUUACUUUCAAUGUAUAAAAUCUAUUCAAGUAAGUAUUUAUAAAAGAAUAUUAACGUUUUAAUAAAUAGUACUCUGUUGAAAAUUUUUGAAAUAUACAGGGGAAACUUGAUAAAAAAAAAACGCCCUGCCAAAAGCAACCCGUUAACCAUAUACAGUAUAUUCACCGAUGUGCCUUGGGUUUUAUAGACCAAAUAACUGAAUAUUAAAAAAAAAACGAUAUGCAUUCUCCAUUAAGUUUAUUCGAAUUAUCGGCUAGUCGCUAUUUGAAGUCUACCCAGUCUAUUCCACUAUCUAUCGCUAUUAGACCAAAAAUAGGCCUUUUCCAUUUAUUCAGCGGAGACAAAGUGAAAGAGAGAAAAUUUUUUGCCGAGCUUAUUAAACGGUCCACAGCAAGUCAAUUAGCAUUGGAUGGACCUUUCAAAUGGCGUGGCAGGAACUUUUCGCAAGAUCAUAUUGGUUUUUUCAGACACGGAAAAUGUUUAAAAUGUUUUAGAAUAAAAGUAUGUUGGCCCAUUGUCAGACGUCUAAUAGAUAAGGAUUGGAUCCAUUUAUUAAGGGAGUUUCAGUAUUUAAUUACUGAUCAAGACCUUAUGGUCCCUUCAUUGCUUUACGCCCUUGUUUGCAAAAAGUAUAGUACAUUUUUUUGCAUUUAUCGAGGGGUUGGAAUAUCGAUUAGGUCGGAAAAGAAUACAUUGAAUAAAGUUAUUUCAAGUGUUAUGAGAUUGAAAAGACGCGAUAAAUUUACUCUGUUGACAAAUUUAUUUGAACUCUAUAAAGAGAUGGUUCAAAGGGGAGAUGAAUUUAGUUGUUCAAAUGUACUAAAAGCUUGUUCAGUUCGCGAAGUUCCCUUAAGCGAUAUAUUACAAUUGCCAUUUUUGAGACACUACCUCGAAAGAUUCCCAGAGAAAAUGGCUCUUAUUGCAAUUGAGAAUGGAAAUUUCGAGUUUUUUUUUCAUAUUAUUAGCAAUCGACCCGAAGUAGAAGUAUUACUAACUCAAUCAAGAAUAUUAAAGUACUUUAUAGCAUCAUCAGAAGAUAUAAUUGAGUAUAUAUAUGAAACUAAUCCAAGCAUAUUAUCAACAUUAGAAAAUUAUAUUAGAGACCGAUUGGCAAUACCUUCAAAAUCCUAUAGGUCUCUAUUGGAGAAAGAUUUACGAAAUAUAUAUAGAUUAGAGAUAUUUGCUAAUUAUUUCUCUAGAACAGAUACACUUUAUAAACUUGCUAGCAUGUGGUUCUUGAAUAUGAAAAGACAAUUAAAAACAUUAAGGACGUUUUUUCUAUUUCCAACACUAUUUACCAUUUUGAAAAGUCUCGAUAAAUUUCGAUUACCGGUUAAACCUAUUGGAGAUAAAAUAUGUUUAUGGUUCUUCAAAAAGUUAGAAUCGAACGAAUCGACAAGGGAAAUUGUUUAUAUUAUUAAUCAAGUUUUACCUAUGUUAAUUGAAUUUGGCUAUAGUUAUAAAGGAUUUUUACCGCAAAACUUUGAAAAUUGCACCUUUCCCGAUACAAUGGCGGUUUUCUAUUAUUUAUCUGAUUGUACUGUAAGAUUUUCACCAUCUUUUUUAAAUCAUAUCAACUUAAGUGGACAGCCGCGAUCUCUGAUAACAUUGAGCGUUGCCGCUAUUAGAGGUAUAAAUAGGGGACGCUGGAGGGACUAUGUUAAAGGGUUGACCGAGUCUCAAGUGCUUAGAGAUCAAAUUUUGAUGGAAGAUUUACCAGGUAUCAUAUCGCCAACAAGAAGAAUUGACUUGAAAGAAUUCGAGGAAAUUCAUAUGGAAAAUAUAACAAUUUGUCAAAAUGUACUUGGUGAAGCUGUCCUUGGCGAUGAGCAUAAGCAUUGUAUUAACGAAGAGAUGUGUGGCCGAGACUAUGAAUUUCUUGUUGAAUACAUAAACGAGGACAGAGACUAUUAUGAAGAAUAUCCCUUUUUCGAUCAAUCCAACAGCUCUGAUUCGGAAAGCUCUGAUUCAGAGCUCGAUAAUCGUAUAAAUAGUUUGUUAAAUUUUUAUUUAAGUCAGGACGAAUUUUGCCGUACCGAGAAUAUUCUCACAUAA